AUGAAAAAACAGAAAAUAUAAUAUCAAGAGGCGAAUUUACAAUAUAAAAAUCAGUUUAGGAAAUAUUAAAUUAUAUAACGAAUCCUGCAAAUAGAGCUUAAUGGGAUAAAUAAUUUAAAUAAGGAAAAUAAAUUUAAAAAAUAGAUGAUUAAACUAGUAUCGAACAUAAUAUUUUUAAAAGAGUUUUAGUUGUUGGAGGUCGAGAUUUUGUCAUACUUCUUAAUAAGUAAAUUUGUAAUAAUGUUUAUUAUUUAUUAGUUACUUCUAUUUUAGAUGAUAGAGUUCCUGAAUAAAAAGGAGUUAUUAGAGGAGAAGUUGCUUUUGGUGGUUGGGUUUUAUAAUAAAUAAAUGAACAAAGUACUAAUUGUAUUUAUAUUACUAAUGUUGAUCUUAAAGGAGACAUUCCUUAAAAAAUUAAAAAUAUGGUUGCUGAAAAAUAAGCAAUGA